AUGGCUACCUCUAGAGCUCAUCAGUCCGUCUCGCCAACUUCCAAGGUUGCGCUCACCAAUGUCCGAGUAUUUGAUGGCGAAAGAGUGGGCAAGCCUCAGACGGUUGUCAUUGACGGAGGCGUAAUCGGCGAUGAUGCAACCGGUGCUCGUGAAAUUGACGGCAACGGUGGUAUACUCCUUCCUGGGUUUAUUGAUUCUCACGUUCAUAUCACUACAGAGGACAAUCUGCAACGAUUGACCCGGUAUGGAGUCACCACCGCGUUUGAUAUGGCCACCUAUUCGCUUGAGCAUCUAAACUCUGUUCGUGGGAAACCUGGGUUGACGGAUAUCCUCACCGCUGGUAUAUCUGCGACUUCGUCCGACGGCCACCAUGUCAAGAUUCCGAAUCGCCCUCCUGGGAUCGUGGAUAACGCAGAGGCCGCGGAUCAGUUCAUUCUUGAUCGCAUCUCUGAUGGGGUGGACUACAUUAAGAUACUUGCCGAUAUUCCUGGUCCCGACCAAGCGACGCUCAACGCCCUAGUUCAUGCGGCUCACAAGCACAACAAACUCGUCAUUGCCCAUGCUGUCACCUAUGCCGCAACCAGAAUGGCAAUGGAGGCGAAAGUUGAUUUUCUCACUCACGCGCCCGCUGACAAGGCCAUGACCACUGCAGACAUCCAGUGUAUGGUUGAUGAAAAACGCAUGUCAAUCCCGACUUUGACAAUCAUGGAAAUGGUCGCGCAAAGACGUCCAGGUGCAAAAUACGACAAUAUUCGCUCAUCUGUACGCGACAUGCACCGUGCGGGAGUCCCCAUCCUUGCCGGUACGGACGCAAACACGGUUAAGGGCGUUCCUGCAAAUGUGUCUCAUGGUGAUAGUUUCCACCAUGAAUUAGAGCUCCUUGUCGAUGCUGGACUCACACCUGUGGAGGCCUUGCGGGCGGCUACUAUCUUGCCAGCCAAGUUCUUCGGCUUACACGACCGGGGUGUCAUUGAGCCUGGCCGCCGGGCAGACCUAGUUUUGAUAUCUGGGGAUCCAACCAAUGACAUUACUGCCACCCGUUCAAUCCAAAGGGUCUUCUGUGGUGGUUUUGAGUAUAAAUUACCCGCACAAUAA